UAUUAUUAAAAUUUUAAAUGAUUCUAAAUUGGAAUGAUAUAUAAUUAGCAGCUGCUGGAGGAUUGCUAAUAGGAUUAGCAACUUCGAUUCAUUAUUUAUUAAAAGGAAGAGUAACAGGUUUUAGUGGUAUAUUUUAUAGUUUAAUCACAUUUGACAAAAAUAGUUUCUAUUGGAAAUUAUCAUUAGUGUCAAGUGUUGUAUUAUCAUCAUCAUUAUUAUACAAAUAUUAUGGGUAAUAUAUAUUUUGUAGAUUAGAUUCAAUCCAAUUUUAUAAGGAGCAUCUUCAAGUUUUGAUUCAAUUAAUUCAAUAUCUAAAAUAGGAUAUAUAGGUGCAGCUAUAGCAGGUUUUCUAGUAGGAUUUGGUACAAAAUUAGGGAAUGGAUGUACAAGUGGUCAUGGAGUUUGUGGUUUACCUAGAUUAUCAUAAAGAUCAAUGGCUGCAGUAGCAUCAUUUAUGACAUUUGGAAUAUUGACUGCCACUAUAAAAGAUUAAUUAGUAUUAGAAUAACCUACUUAAUUAAUUAUAGAUAAUCCAGAUAUUACUAAUAUUGCAGCUAUGGCAAUUAGUGGAGUAUUCUUAUAUUAUAUUAAUUUAUUAAAGAUCUUGACUUUAGUGGGAAUUAUUGGUUAAACUAAAUAGAAUUAAAAAACUAUGAUUGAUGCUAUUAUCUCAUCAAUUGUUGGAUUAAUAUUUGGAGCUGGAUUGGUUGUUUCUGGAAUGGCUAAAAGAUCUAAAAUUUUAGGAUUUUUAACUUUCAAUUAAAAUUGGGAUCGUAUCUAAUAUAUUUAUAUCUUAGCUUCAUUGAUGUUUGUUAUGAUUGGUGCUGUAUCACUUAAUUUAAUCACUUUUAAUUUACUUAAAAAACCUAUCUUAUCAGAUAAAUAUGAAUUACCAACCAACAAAAAAAUUGAUUUUAAAUUAAUAUUAGGUGCUAGUAUUUUUGGAAUUGGAUGGGGAAUUGGUGGAUUAUGUCCUGGACCAGCCUUUUCUUUAUUUCCAUAAUUUACUGCUUAAAUAGCAAUAAUGUUUUUGCCUUGUUUAGCAUUAGGAUAAAUUACUGCUAAUCAAUUUAGUUCAUUUUUAGACAGAAAAUAAAAACCAUUGUGAAAACACA